ACCCACGGAUAAACUAUUGAGCACUCAACAGGAGUUGGUAGGUUACAAGGCGCAAAACUGUGGCGCCUUGUAUGAUAUUGUUGUUUGUUUUCGCAAUUUUUCCAAAAACCCCUGAAGUCACGGACCCAGGUCUGCUUAUGGACGACUUUUUCAUCCUCAUUGGUUUGUCCACACCCCUUCGGAGAUAAGGACGGGAGCAAGCCUUCAGCUUUGCUUGCAGGAGAGGGAGAAAGUGACAAUCGAGAAAUUGGAGGCCAAAUGACAAGGGAGCGUCACAGCAUCGCGUGAAGAAGUCUCUUUGAAUUUAUUUAUAUAAUUUGCCUAUUUCUGAUGAAGGAACUCGCGGAAUUAGUUUCCUUUUUAUUGAUUUGACAUUUUCAUUUGAAAUUCGGAUUCCACGAUUUGGAGUGACUGACAAGGCUACCUACCCUGGCGGCAGACAUGGAGUCCCUCCAGAGCUGUCUCCACCAUGUCCCUUUCCGUGCGCCCAUCGCGCCGAGUCAUCUCCAGAUCCGUCACUAGGAGCCAGUCCUUUGCCGGGGUCAACUCCUACGAUAAGCCCUACAGGAACCUGUCGGUGUUCAGCACCCCGAGGGUCACCAGGAAGCCCUCCAGAGCCAGUAGGAUGUUCACCCUCUCUGCCAAAUCCCCACCGCCCAAGGUGCCCCAGCCAGAGAGGCUGGAUGAGGUCUACGAGGCUCUGAAGAGAGGCCUGCAGUCUUACCUGCAGGUGCACCAGAUAGAGCUGGACAGCCUGAGCCGACAAAUGAGGGAAUCCAAGAGGAACUCUCGUCUGGGGUUUCUCUAUGAGCUGGAUAAGCAAGUGAAGGUGGUUGAGAGGUUUAUGCGACGGCUUGAGUUCCAUCUCAGCAAGAUUGACGAGCUGUAUGAGGCCUACUGUAUGCAGCACCGGCUGAGGGAUGGGGCCAAUAAGAUGGUGAAGGCCUACACAGUCUCCCAGGGCAGCCGCGAGGCCAGAGAGAGCCUGUCUGAGGCCAACAAAGGCUACAAAGAGUACACAGAGAACAUGUGCAUGCUGGAGAGCGAGCUGGAAAACCAGCUGGGGGAGUUCCAUGUUAAGAUGAAGGGUCUAGCAGGGUUUGCACGGCUUUGUGCUGGGGACACGUAUGAGAUCUUUAUGAAAUAUGGGCGGCAGCGCUGGAAGCUGAGGGGAAGGAUGGAGAUCAAUGGCAAGCAGGUGUGGGACAGCGAGGACAUGGUCUUUCUGCCUCUCAUCACAGAGUUCCUAUCAAUAAAGGUGACAGAGCUGAAGAGCCUGGCCAAUCAUGUGGUGGUGGGGAACGUGUCAUGUGAGACCAAAGACCUCUUUGCUGCUCUACCCCGGACGGUGGCCGUGGACAUCAAUGACCUGGGGACCAUCAAACUGAGCCUGGAGGUCACCUGGAACCCUUUCGACAAGGAUGACCAAGCCUCGGCCGCCAGCACUGUCAACAAACCCCCCACGGUGAACAAACGCUUCUCCACCUACAACCAGAGUCCUCCUGAUACCCCCUCCUUACGGGAACAGGCCUUCUAUAACAUGCUGAGGAGGCAGGAGGAGGUGGAGAAUGGCACAGCCUGGUCUAACUCUUCGGAGUCGUCAGAUGACUCGUCCAGCCCCCAGCUGUCCCUGGGGCUGCGUCACGCCAACAAGAAUCUGGUCCAGCUAGAGGUUCAGGCCGCCGCGCCCUCCAUUGAGAUCUCCUUUGCUCCCAGAGACUCUGCCACCUCCACCCCUACCCGCUCAGCCAAACCAGAGGAUGUGCAGAAGGAGGAGCCAGACACUGGAGCAGCAGGGAAAGAGGAGGAUUCUGGGAAACAGGCUGUGCCUAACGGCCAAACACGUUAUUCACGCUCCCUCAGCCAUAUCAGUGAGAACAGUGCCGAUGGCGUACUGAUGGACAGGUCAACUUGCGAAUCAGUGGAGCCCUCUGAGGCCACCUCCCUGCAGUCUGGGAUCUCUAUAAACGAUAUUGAGAUGGAGAUGCCUGCCAGGGCGGAGUCAGCCUCUGUCCCAGCUGAGACUGUGGUGGUCAGGGAACCAUCUGAGCAACCCGCCCCAGCUACUGUCACCGGGGAGGAGAGCAGGCCGGAGAGCAGGUAUUCUGCAGGGUCUAUAGAGUCAGACACGGGGUUAGAGGUUGUUUCAGGGGCUGUUUCAGAGGUAGAUCCAGAACUCCAGAGCUCUGCACCCACUAGGACUGAUGCCGUGUCUCAGCAAGGUGCCUCUCUGGAUCUCAGGGCAGACUCACAAGCACAGACCCAGAGCACAGAGGAAAUAUCAUACACUGCCCACAGGGCGGUGGUGGUGGAGGCCGAGAAGCCUGGGCCUGUAGUAGUGGCCAGCCCCACAGAGGGUGAGAAGCAGCAGGCUGUGGACAGUGAAGUUGAGGAAGCCCUGAGUGCAGUCAUCGCUUCUCUGGAUGACUACAGGGGACAGUUUCCUGAGUUACAGGUCCUGGAGCAGGAGCUCAGACUACUGGAGGAGACAUUAACGGGCCGUACAUGCAGUUGUUUGUCCAGUGUCCAGAGUCUGGCGGUGGAGACGGCUCUCGGCAGCUUUGACUUCCUCAAUAUCUCAGACCUGGAGGAUGAAGAGGAGGAGGAGGAUGGGGAGAAAGGGAGUGUGACAGACAGGCCACCAGAGGAGAGUGCAGGGGAGGAUGAGUGCUGUGAGGAGAGAUGCUGGGAGUCCCACUCCUCUAGACCUGUGAGCACAGGCUGCCAGGCUCUAGAUCAUACACUACUGGUCCAUCUGAAAAACUGCAGUGCACAACUUCUGAGGCUGGGGACCUUUGGGCCUCUGCGCUGUGGGGAGAUGUAUGCUCUGGACCGCCUGCUCAGGGAGGCCCGCGUCCUCGAGCUCAUCAGACGUGUUGCCAAGGAGACCCCUGGAGGAGCCACUCAGCCAGAUGAGGUGGUUCCCCAGUUAGAACAGUGCCAAGGGGCAACAUUGCUAUGGCAGCAGUGUACGGAUGAUGGCAGUGUGUACAGCACCUCCACAGACGCUUUCCUCACAACACUGGCCACUGCUUACACCAACAGACUGCCCGAGAGAGGAGUUAGCCUGGCAGACACAGUGUUCUUGCGUCUGGUGGAGAGGAUUCUGGAGAGGAGGCUGCCCACGCGUGGGGGCGGGGUGGCCAGAGACAUGCUGACCCUCUUCCAGUUCUGGAGCUACCUAGAGGCCGAGGGAGUGAGCGAGUUGGACACACACAUCAUUGAAUUAGCGGAGGAGGUGUGGCUGGUUCAGAGCCUGCAGUCAGGGGACCAGGAGGUACUGGUGAAGGCCCUGAAGAGGCCUCCAGAGAGCAGCCUGAAGAGGGAGGGCCUGCAUGCUGUCAGCCUACUGCUCAGGGACCCGCGUGGGAAGGUGUCUGCCUCUGCCAGCUCCCUGCUCCGGAGCCUCGCCGACCAGCCACGCCAUCGAGAGAGGGCCCUAGUAAGCUGUCUGGAGCUUCUGGAGAAUGAGAGUGUGGAGACGCGAGUGUGUGGCUGUAAAGCACUUGCAUGUCUGAAGGCCAAAGAGAGCAUCGACCAGCUGGUCUAUCUCUGUCGAUCAGACAAGGAGGAUGUGAGGGACGCUGCCAAACAAGCGCUGCUGGUGCUUGGCGAGGAGGGGAAGUUGGCCCACAGACACGUUGAGAUAUCACUGCAGGAGGGAGUGCCACGCCUCUUCUCCCCUGGCAGCAUGGCCAGCACCGCCUUCUAAUGCCACUAGAACGGAAUACUGAUACCGUCAUGCCCAUGUCAACACACUGUUACAGCCAUUAUGCCAUACACACAUUAAAAUAUACACUGUCAAACAGGGUGGAAUAUACCCAGAUGCAAAGAGGAUGCUGACUUUUGCACAUACACUCACUAACACUGGGAUGACAUCUACAGCUUGACACGAAGUCAGUGAACUAAACUCUCAUAUUACCAACCUGUGUGUAAAUAAGUGAUAACUACUCAUGAAAACUGUGGAAUUGUAGAAGCGAUGAAGAGUGGUAGAAGUAUUUUACUGCCUUACAGUAUGUUUUGGUCUGGUGGUGUUGCCUUCUGAGUCAUGUAAUUAUAGCUGGGAUGAUGAAUGGAUGGAAGGACACUGCAAUCAUUGUGUCAGAUCAUGGCAUGGAUAGAACAAAGUGGGAAAGUGACAUGAUUACUUUUCUGGGGAAAUGCACUUAUUAUUUGCUUAAUUUGUGAUGAAGCAGGUUGGUCUGUGUGGAGAAUGACUUUGAGUGUUUGGUAGGAGUACUGAAGUAAGUCAUGGGGAUGGAAGGGAUUGGGUUGUUCCUCAGGAGAUGAUGGUGGUGAAACAGUUCCAAAUUCUAGGACCACAGUCUGAUGAGGAGCUUGUUGCCAUGCCGGUCGGGAAAGGAAGUCUGAAGAAAAUUAUUACAGUGCCAUCAUUCCAUACUAUCAUUAUAUGCUUUGUGGAAAUAUAUAUUCCCACUGGAAGUGUAUAUGUUAUAUAAUUGUAGUGUAAUUCGGUUGGAAUUGUUGAGACAAUUGGAGUAAAUUCAUAUUUGGUUUGAGUGCUGAUGCCUCAAGUCACCAUGCACUUCCUGAGACUCAUGCCACUGGGGAUAUAACUGAAGAUUAUUUCUGCUGUAUUGGUGGUGGAGUUAUUUUCUUUCUUUUUUUAUUGAAAACUUAAAACUGUGCUGGACUGGACUUUUGCCUUUGGAGCAGACAACUUCUCACUUAAAUAGACAACCACACUGCUAGGACUGGCCACCUGCUGGCCAUUAUAGUGUAGAAUCAGGGUGUGAUGAGAACCUGCAUUCACUGUAUAUUAUUUACAUAGCAGAUUCAUCAGUUUUAUUAUAUAGGACUUCAAAAUAACAAUAUACAUUGAAGGAGCUUUUUAAGUUGUCUAAGUGCCUCAAGUUAGUGGUGAGAUGAGACUAAGAAUGAAGAGAUACAGUGCUAAUAGAAACACUGCAGCAAAGUAUAUUUUCCAUAUGACUCAAAUUGUGCAGCAUUAAAAUAAAUGAUUUUCUUUCCAUAAAAGUAUAGUCUGGCAGAUAUCUUGCCUGGCAAUAAAUGUAAACGAAUUAUUAAUAAAAAUGUGUUCAAAAAUAAAGUUUCCUUUUGCUGUAA